AUGGGGAGGUACGCUCAUGUUUUCUUCGUUCCUUUAUUCCUCCUCUUCUUGUGCUGUUUCUCCUCCUUCUUUGUUUAUGGUUUGGCUGCCAGUUCGUUUCAACUAGUCCUAAAACAGAGAGCUAUCAUGACCAAUCUCUCUAAGAGCCUCCCAACGUCUCAAACUAAUGGGUUGUGGAACACCACCACGGACCCUUGUCGUUGGGUUGGGGUGACCUGCUCCCCUGCGCCCUCCUCCGUUGUGACCUUUCUCUCCUUGUCCCGCCUCGGCCUCUCCGCCACCAACUCCUCCUUGGUCCUCCGCUUCUUUGACAUCCUCUGCCGCCUAGACUCCCUCAAGUCCCUCGACCUCUCUCAGAACUUCCUCACCAGCAUCCCUGGCUCCUUCUUCUCCAACUGCAGCGGGCUCUUCCGAUUGGAGUCCCUCAAUCUCAGCUACAAUGGCUUGAACGGUCCUCUGCCCCGUUUGUCGGGCUUUGGGGCUUUGCGGUCCUUGAAUCUAUCUUUUAAUACCUUAUACGGAGCCGUGGAUAACGGGCUGGAAAAUCUCACCAGACUGAAAAGUUUGGAUCUUUCCGGCAAUCACUUCACCGGCGAAAUCCCCGCUCUGAUUUUUGGUUAUGAGAACCUCACAUUGCUGGAUCUCAGUCAAAAUAAUCUAACUGGGUCUGUUCCGGCGGAGGGGAUCGAGAAGCUCUCCAAGUUGAAAGAACUCAUCCUUUCUUCCAAUCUUCUCGGUGGGAGAAUCCCAAGUGGUUUGGCAAGGAUUAAGACCCUGUUUCGAUUCGCUGCCCACCAGAACCAAUUCACUGGUUCGAUUCCUCGUGAACUUACUACUCAUGUGAGUGCUUUGGACCUCAGCUACAAUGGUCUCACCGGGGAGAUCCCGCCGGAACUCCUCUCGCCGCCGAGUUUAGAGUAUGUGGAUCUGACCGGUAAUCACCUUCAAGGACCCAUACCUUGGAAUUUGUCACAAAGGCUCUAUCGUUUGCGAGUUGGCAAUAACACACUCAACGGAAGCAUUCCAUCAACAAUUGGGAAGCUGCCCAAUUUGACAUAUCUAGAGCUGAAUGACAAUGUAUUGGACGGAGAGAUUUCAUCUAUGCUGGGGAACUGUAAGAAUCUGAUGCUGUUGAAUCUGGCUUCCAAUCAGUUGGAGGGGACCUUGACAAAGGAAUUGGGUUCCCUCAAACAACUAGUGGUCUUGAAGCUUCAAGAAAACAAGCUGAGUGGAGAAAUACCUGAUGAACUCUUGACGUUUCAGAAUUUGAGCACUCUCGAUCUCAGCCGGAACUUCCUCAAUGGUAAGAUUCCUCCAGCAAUUUCCAACUUAAAGAUGCUUUCAGUUCUGAAUUUGCAAAGCAACGGAUUCAAUGGUUCAAUACCUGGUAGCAUCAGUAGCUUGGAUUUUCUGAUAGAACUGCAAUUAGGAAAUAACCGUCUGAGUGGAACUGUUCCGAGAAUGCCAAACAGCCUGAAGAUAGCUCUGAAUCUGAGCAGCAACCUCUUCAGCGGACCCAUACCUUCCUAUCUUGGUGACUUAUCUCUGUUGGAGAUUCUCGAUCUCUCGGACAAUAGUUUUAGUGGUGAAGUUCCAAGUUCUCUUACCGAAAUUCAAAGCCUGACAGUAUUGAAUCUCUCUAAUAAUCAGCUUUCUGGAGUGCUUCCAAAAUUUCGUUCAUUUGUCCAAGUCAUAACCACUGGAAAUAAGGAUCUCAUCUCAAAUACAAGCUCUAAGACUACUUCAACUAGCACUAAAACUAAGAUAAAAAUUUCUUAUGUCCUUGUUAUGAUUCUAGCUUUUGUUGGAGGCUUCAUUGUUUCAGUCUCAGCGUCUGCAGUUAUCCAAAAGUGCUUUAACCAGGGGACAAGUAACCGCCAAAAUGCAAGGAGACAUGCUUUUCACUCCAACAGUCCUUUCCUUGGAAACUCCAUUGAGAGAUUGAGGUGGUUCCAGCACUGGGAUUACGCCAGAAACCUCAGAUAA